CCCCCCCUGCCUCCAGCUUAUGUCUCGCCCUGUGGGGUUUGUCGGCCAGCCUGCUUCCCUGGCUGCUGCUGCUGCUGCUGCUGCUGCUGGAGCAGCGGAGCUCUGUGACUCCACGCCGCUGUACGGCUCUGCCUCACGUCUCCUCUCUGCCUUUCGCCUCACUCUCUGCUUUGCUGGAUGAUCACGACGGCGCGGGGACAGCGGGGAGACGCGCUCCUCAUUCAACUGCUGCCUUUCCCCUGCGCUUUCUUGGUGCAGGAAACAGCUGGACGGGAGAGAGAGAGAGAGCUCCCGUGAGGAAUUUUUCCCUCCGCCUGUUCAUUCCUGGGACAGAGUGCAGAGGAGGAGAGAAGAGGGAGGGACUGGGAGCAGGACUUCAGACUUAGCACAGCUCAGCGUCCCGCCUCGCUCCACGGACGCACGGGUGUGAGGAGAUCAGAUUCAGCUCACGUUGAGCCGCUUGGCAGACAGGGGUGCAGAGUGAGGAAGAAACUGAGCCCACAGGGAGACAGACGGGGGGUGUCAUGGCGUCAGUGGACAGCACCGGUUCGAGGGUCUCCGGUCGACUGGGAUCCGGGGAUCUACUUCACGCUGGUCUGGUAGUUGUGCUGCUGCUCGGUGUUUGGUGUGUUAGCGGACUGGAGGUCUCCACUGGAAAAGUGCCGUCGGCCGAAGCAAUGAAUGGCUCCACGGUUCUGAUCCCCUGCACCUACUCCUCCUGCAUUGGUAUCAAAAACCUGUACUUCAACUGGCACUUUAACAACAACGGAAGUAUGGUGAAGCUCUAUGAAGGCGAGAUUGCCCACGAGGGAGCCGAGCCCAAGGUGAUGAUGUGCCACGACCGCGUGACGUUCGUUGGCUCCUCCAAGACCAACAACAUCUCCCUCCUGCUGUGGAACAUCACCUUCGACGACGCGGGAGACUACACCUGCUUCGCCAGGAACCUGAAGGAGAAGAACCGCAACCACAGCGCCAUCUUCACUCUUAUCGUGGUGGAUGAAAUAAGGGAGCUUGACAACACUUUGACGGUCAUCGUGGUCUCGGUGCUGGGUGGAGUCAUAGGCCUGCUCGUCAUGGGCAUGGUGAUAAAGGCCUUGGUCGUCCACUUCCUGCUGAAGGGUGGAGAGAAGAACAAAGAGUGCCUGGUGAGCUCCUCAGGGAACGACAACACUGAAAAUGGACUUUCAGGCGCCAAAGCCGACAACAAAGGGACACCAAAGGCAUGAGCAACACGCAAAGUAUGUUUGUAUAUAUGUUAGAGAAAGGUCCGCGCUCAGAGGAAACGCUGUUGCCUGUGGACUGGUUAACUUUACCUGUGGCUAAUUAAUACAACACAUAUGACCUAAAUGUAUAUUUUAAACACAUGCUUGAGAUUUUGAGAAGUGUGACGAGUGCAUAGGCCUGGAUCACGGUCGCCUACACGGCAGCCCAUUUGUUGCACAGCAAGGCAUCACAUCUGCCUGAACCCACUUCCUGCACGCAAGAAAAGCGUCUUUGCUAUUAGUUUACAUAUCUGAUUUCUAUAUAUUCUCCUUAUCAUGGUCAAAUACAUAUUUUUUUAUAGAUUUUACACACUUAUUCGUUUUUGUGUAUGUUAUCAGUCUAUGACGUCUGCGCUGACCAGUUUACCAGCUGCAGCAUGCAUCGUGUGUGCUAUGAUCCACAGUCUGUGAAACCUGGAUCCAAACGAACCUGACCCAUGGGAACAAAUGAAAUGCAACUGCCAUGAAGCCAACAGCAAAACUGAAAGCUGAAAUGCUCUCAUAUUUUGCUCACACCUGCUGUAAGUGUCACCUUCCCGUCAUGUCAGGUGGAACCACCGCUUUGGAUUUCUCUUCCUACUGGGGGUCCAGGUUUGACACCAUGUGGUGUUUGAUCCGCUACUGCUGGCAGACAACUGGGCUUCCCUAGGUGACUGAAGGAUCCAGACCUGCACAGGUUCGUUUUUCUUUUGCUUUAGAUGAAACACAGGUGCCUGUUCUGCUUCUGCUCCCUCUGCUGGCGGGAGGAUAAAAACACAGAAAAUGUAUAGAAUGUCCAACCCUGACCCUCAUCAAAAGACAAUCCCCAGACGACCCAGCUCUCUAUAGAAAGGAAUGAAAUUAAUCAUGCUGCUUAUGACUAUUAACCAAUGCAUUUCUAGCAUGUGCGCCUUUUAUAUAACUUCAUAUAAGCGUUUGGUGUCUAGCGCCACGGUGCAGGAACAUUUCUUUGUGACUGCGUGGUUCGAUUUAGCCCUUCACAUCCACCUCAGCUGACUGAUGCUAUGUCAGUGCUCGAUAAACACCUCCCAUCACUCCUGCAGCUUUAAUCCACUCCUUAACGUGGUCAGAGUGAUAAAAAGCAACUCUGCGUUUGGAGUGAGAACAGUUUGCGUUUGAGAAAAUAGACAGAUAUUUUGUAGCAUCUCUAAAGAGAAACAUAAGGUGCGUGACAGAUUUCCAAAUUUAAUCCAUGUUUCCACAGUUCUGUGCUUAGGUCCCUGACAGUUAACUUCCAACACAAGCUUCCUGGCUGUAAUGAAACACGUCAACAAUGUUUAAUAUACAAAUAAUGAUCCUUGGCAUUAAUGUGCUUAGAUAAUACCAGCGAGUGCAGCGGUACGGUGCCAGUAAUAAAGGCAGCACCUCGCCGACAUUCACUGCAAAGGAAUGUAAAGAUGUUCACGUUAAAUAUUGUCCCAAUACCAUGGUUUCAUUCUUCACAGAAAAAAUAUUGAAAGCAGUAACGUAACAGUAAAUUAAAUAGGUGAAUAUUUCGAUAGGUCAGUGGAUUUAUUAGCAAUUUUGUUAUAUUGUGUAACUAUUCAGGUGCAUGCAGUGUUUCAUGCUUUAGAUUGUCCAACAAUGAUAUGAUGUGGAUCAUAGAUGUAAUAACUUGUUGAAUUAGAGACUACACAGCUUUUUUUAGUUUUCAGUGCCUUAGCACUUAAAUUCAACAAGCGUAUAGAGUAAAUGGAGCUGAGUGGAUUUAAUUGGUGAGAAAAAAAUGUAAUUUUAAUUUUAAUGUGUUGACAUGGUGCUGCUGAAAUGAAACAAAAUGUACCAUUUAGCAAGUGAUCACGUUUUGCUGAAGAAGAAAUAGAAACGUUCAAGAACCCCGUCAUGAGAUCAGUUUACCAAACCGUUCACUCCCAUUUAAAACCUGCUCCAAUUACACCCACGUACAUAAGUAUGACAGCUGAAAACAUCACACACACACACACACACACACACACACACACACACACACACACACACACACACACACACACACACACACACACACACACACACACACACACACACACACUUCAUUCUAGAGUGUUGCACAGGAACAACACAGCACUUUACCACUGCUCAGAGUGGCCGCAUCCUGGCAUAGACCUCACACUGAUCUUUCUCUUAUUGUACAGAAGCUAACAAAAACCCACGCUGGCCGCGUUUGAAGUGUUUCGGCCGAGCACCUGAGAACAAGGCUGUCCAACAACAUACUGCUCUGUGGCGAGAUUUUGUCUUAUUUUUCUAAUACUGUAGCUCACUUGAGUCCGCCUGCUGCUCUCUAGUACUGGAGUGCAUUUCCAUUCUUGCUUUCAGUGGAAGCAAUAAGUCAGACAUCCGAUUAUGCAAUAACCUGUUAUAAGGCACUUUAUAGGUGUGUCUGGACUGGUUGUGAUGGCACCUCUGUCAUUGUCAUUGUACUGAUGUAUGUAUACACACCGUCCCGAUGUAGACACUUGAACCAAUGUAUUGACAUUAGGUUCAUGUAUCUACAUUAGGCCUAUUCAUAUAUAUUGGUUCAAUCUAUUUUAGGUCCUAUUUAUACUUGGCAUGAGGUUCCUCUAAUCUGAUGAAAGAUUUUAAAGCAACUCUAUGAAACCGUUCAUUUUUAUGCUUGAGGACAGACCUACAGUUAAUUCCUUAUAACCCUCGUCUGAACCAUACUUUUACAUUCAUACUGUACGUAUUGUAAUUUAAACUACCGGCUAGGAUUUUGACGAGUGACACAUUCAUGAACUAUCAGAACCCAGAUCAACUGCUCACGGUUGUUUCAUGGCACCUGAGUUUAGACUGAAUUGUGAAGAUGUGUAAAAAAAUACUGUACCAUUAUGGACAUUAGUUUUGUGAUUUCCCUUUCUGAUUUGGAGUUUAUCCCAGAUGACACCAAGUAAUAAUGACUGAAUAUACAUGUCUCAGUCUACAGAGACAGUACAAUGCAGAAGCCUGGGAAACAUGAAACAACGCAGUGUUUACGAUGUUUUGAUUUUUAUUCUUUCAAGUAUAAAUGGGACCAAGACUGAUCCAUGUGCAUCCAACUAAAGUCGUAACUGGGGAAUUGUAUGACGUACUAUUGUGAGGAAAACUUUAAUACAUGUAGAUGUUAUCGUUUGUGCAGCACUAGAAGUAUUAGGGUUUUAUUGUAUUGAAAAACUAGGAAUGUUAUGGGUACAAGGAAGCACCGUGCACACACACACACACACACGCACACACACACACACACACACACACACACACACACACACACACACACACACACACACACACACACACUUCCUUUCCUCUUACAAGUCAAGUGCAGAUUCCUCUUUAAAAAGGCUACAUAUUUACAUCCAAAGUCUACCUUUUGGGAAAAGCAAUAUUGUGGAUCUGUCUGUUUGUGUAUUCUUACGCUCCCAUACCUGAAAGCGUUCCCAUUUUGUGCUUCCUAUUAUAUGUGCGAUUCCUAAUCUUAUUUUAAUAGUAUCUAUAGUGGGGCCUGUUUUUGCUGCCUUGCAGCUGCAGGAAAUUAUUUCAUGUGCAACUUGCUCCACCGUAAAUGAAUUUCUCAGAAGCAGAGCAUCUGACAAAGCGAAAAAAUACUCCAAAUCUGCCCCCAAACACAGGAACAUGUGAACAGGGUUUACGAGGGAUGUUGUAACGCGAGGGAGGCCAGGUGCAUGUGAGCCAUAAAGAAUAGUGCGACACGAUAUGACGCAGCUGUGCAAUUAAUAAUGACAAUGAAUCACUAAAUUAGCAAAUGCCAUAGCACUUUUGGCUUUUGUGAAGUGUCACUUGUUUUCUCCUGGAUACUGACCUGCCUUAAAUGUCUGUCCUGACUCCUACACUUCAUCCUGCCGCUUGCAGUGGUUGCUGCUUGCUGCAGUACUGAGUAUUUCCUGUCUGGGGUAGAAUGGUUCUCUGCAGUGGCGCAAUACAGCACCAAAAAAAUACAGUCUGACGUUCAUGUGGUGUUCAAUGCACAUCACAGUAUUGCCCUCUAGUGGACGCAUACAUAAGUCAGUUAGGAAAAAAAAAACGAAAGUUAUAAUUGUAUGUAACUGGGAGAAAAAAAUCAUUGCUACAAUCAACCAUAAACGUCGCUAAAUGCAUUGUAUUGUGCUACUAGUUGAGUAGUAGAAGAAUUCAUGGUUUUUAACGCCAGGGCCCAUUUUGUCUAGAUGAAAUAAUAAAUAAGAAAAAGAAAAAGAAAAUAAAAAGAAAUUUACAUUAAAAUAGCCAAGCAAUUUAUAUAAACGUGCAUUUUUCGAUUCACGACCAGAAACAUUAUUCACCGAUUGACCACUACAAAUGUUCAGUGUUAGUAUUGCUCUUACUGCCAGAGUGGCUGAAACUCAUACUGCCAAUCCAAGAGUCCCACGUCUGCUGUGGUUACAGCACUCUUACUGUGACCCACGGUUCCGGUCGCGUCGCACGCGUUUUCACACACGUCACAGCGCUGCCGCUGGAUUAAAAACACCCCAGUCAGUCGUUUGGGAAACUGCUCUACACUACGCCUGUACUUCUGAUGGCUGAAACACACUGCCAAGAGUCUGAGUCCAGAGUCUGUGCUCUGCUUUCCACAUUCCACACAGAUUCAACAAUCAAAACCCACUGAAAAAACUAAAACGCCAGAGUACUGGGAAAAGUAUGGUCCAACAACAGACACGUGUCCUUAAUUAGGCACAAAGGUUACAAUAGUUAGAACUACAAAGCUAUGAUGCAUUUUGUGAUAUUUGAUGUGUCAUUUUAUUAAGCUCCUGAAUAACUACAGUACUUCCUAUAACUCCUAUACAGUAUGGCUGGCUAACUGAUAAAUAAACAGAAGUGUAGGCUGACACUGAGCUCUCCAUAUUUUCUGUUUGCAGUUUUGAACUAUAUCAGAAAGAGAUUUUCUACAUUCUUUAAAGGCAAAAUGUUCCAUGUUACAGCAAGUAAACAAAUACGUGCACAGUUUAUUGUGCCAAAUAUAACAUUUGACAGUGGAUCUCUUGUAUCGCUUCCACUCGGCCGUGCAAUCAAUAGCAGCAGACGCACACGUCCUGGAUCCAUUUCCCCCUGAAUGUUGAGCUGUUUGUCUCUGUUUGUGACCCUGCUCCCUUCAUGACUAUGCACCUCAAACCUGACUUGUUAGAAAUACAUAAUGAAAAUAAAAUAUUGACUGAAAA